UCUUUAUCUCUAUUGUUGUGUUUUCCGGGGGAGGUGACAUGUGACAAAAAUAAAAACUGUUCAUGGGGUUCACGUCACUGCCCAAAUUUGCCCAAAUGCUUGUAUUAAAUUUCAAAUGGAGCUUCGGUUGACCUCCAAGACCAAGAUUCAUGUGAUCACCAUGCAUCCCACUACUGCCAUCGCCCAAACCAGAUUCUUCCUUCUUCCUCCUCCCACCGCAAAUGGUCUCAUGCAUUCGCCCACUUUCAACUCCUUCCUCCUCCCCUUUUGCCUCCCCUAUUCCCUCUCAAUGUUCAUCUAGACCUUGAGCUUUUCUCUCUGCUUCUCUUCUUUCGGCCUAUCUUCGGGUCGCCGAUAAUGAAAUUCGAGGACUUGCUGAUGGAGAGAGGCGAGGAGAAGCAGAAGAGACAGGACCUUGAGGAGGAGGUGACCAAGUUGCAAGCGGAAUUGGAGGGACAGCAAGUGCUCAACAGGGUCUUGCACCGUGCUCACUACUGCCCUGCUUCUUCCUCCCACCAGGGUCUUUCCUCACUGAUUCCACCUCAGGUUCAGGGGCUUCUGUCUGAAUUAGCUAUGGUGGAGGAAGAGAUCGUUUGGCUAGAGCGGAAAAUCAUAGGUAUGAAAAUGAGGCUGUACCAAGAAAAGAAGCACACCCAGGAAUGGCAGAUGCUGCAGCAGCCCCGGCGAAGGCGGCAACUGAAUUGUAGUAUCGAAUACCAUGCGGAGCUUAGAGAACAUGAGCCGCCUCUGAAAAUGCACUAUUUAGAAGAAGCGAGGAAGCAGAAAAUAAUCAGACAAAGAAGAGCUUCGGUUGGUUCUGCUUCAGACAUGCUGAGCAUCAGUUCCCCAAGGUCCAGUGAAGAAACAGUCGACAAAUCAAUCAAGCAUAUCGGGAGAAGUAGAUACCACGACAGUAUGGACAUGGAAAAUGGAUACGUCAUAGAGAAGCCUAAUGAACUCUCUGAACAGCUGAUCAAGUGCCUCAUAGGCGUAUUCCUUGAAUCAAACCGCGUGUUGCAGGAUAGAGAAGGACCGAAUCAUGCUCCGAAGCUCAUCCUAGCCGCCAAGAAUUCCAAGUCCACUGUAAAGAGCUCGUCUGGCCGCAAGAUCUCUCUGACUUAUGUCGAUGGUUACAUCUCGAGUCUCGACCCUUAUGGCGUGUUGCUAGAUGCAGAUGGUACUUUCAGAGAUAUCGGUCAGUACAAAAGCUUUAUCCCAAUCACGGGAAGCUCAUUAGACAUUGUGCAUCUUCAGGAGCGUUUCCCUGCAAUUGGGAAAUUAAGGGCCUUGGUGCACAAAUUGAGCAGUGUAGACCUGACCUUUUUGACAUAUAAGCAGAAGUUAGCGUUCUGGAUCAACAUCUACAAUGCCUGUAUAAUGAAUGCUUUUCUGGAACACGGUCUGCCCUCCUCUCAGGAGAAACUUCUGGCACUGAUGAACAAGGCUGCAUUGAACGUGGGUGGCAUAGUACUAAACGCUCUGGCAAUCGAGCAUUUCAUUCUCAGACAUCCAUAUGAAAGCAAACAUGGCUCGAUGGAUGAGAAAGAAAUGCUGCUUCGUCAUGCUUACGGCCUCGGCUAUCCUGAGCCGAAUGUGACCUUUGCCCUUUGCCGGGGCAGCUGGUCUUCCCCUGCAUUAAGGGUCUAUACUCCGGAAGAGGUAGUGAACGAAUUAGGGAGAGCGAAGGUCGAGUAUUUGGAAGCAUCAGUCGGGGUCACGAGCAAGAGAAAGAUCAUCGUGCCGAAGCUUUUGCAGUGGCACUUGAGGGACUUCGCGGACGACAUGGAUUCGCUCCUCGAGUGGAUCUACAGCCAGCUUCCACGUUCUGGGAUUCUCAAGAGAUUGAUGAUGGAGUGCUUGAACUACGACACCAAGUCCCACGCCUCCAAGAUGGUCAAAAUCCAGCCUUACCAAUCCGAGUUCCGGUACCUGUUGGCCUUGUAACCGAAACAAGCGGGACAUAUCCCAAUCAGCGGGAAACAAUGCACCGCAAAUCUGACAGAUUCAGCUCAUCAGGAAGUGAAGACAACGGCCAGGCAGAGUUAAGCCAGCCUCAACCACCAAUUCGGUCUAGGCCACGCUAGGACGCAGCACGACGCGUUUUGUGCUGGUUUUUCCGGUCCGAUUCGAGAUUCAAGAGUGCAUUAAACAGAGGAGCUGAGCUGAGCUCGGGCAACAAGCAGGGGCAUUAACCGGCUCGGGGAGCAAUGAAUAAGAGUGCAUUUGGAGUUAGGCAAAUCGGCAUUCUUUUCUGUAUAAAUGUUUCAGAUUCGUCUUUGCUUCUGUAACAUUGAAUUAGGUGAUUCCGUAUCUUCCUAUUGAAGAAAGUGGCUGCUACGUUUGUAUGCAAAAUGAGAAAAAUUAAGUAGGGAGCAACUUAUGUUUUAGUUGAAUAUAUGCUUCAAUGCAACGUAUUAAUGGCUUAGAUUGGACGAGUACAGCCACUUGAAGUGUAAUAAUGUCGAAGAUCCUAAAGUUGCAUAUCGAUUGAAA